AUGGCGUUGCUACCAACUCGCACUACCCGUCCUAUCAUCUUUCCCCUCCCCUUCCUGACCUUCAUCUUCCUCGUUAUCCUCCUCGCCUAUCUCCAGCUCCUCUACGGCAUCUCUUUCCUCCUCCGUCCAUUCUGGCCCUCGGAAUAUGGCCCUCGACCUUUGAACCGGAUCCUCCGGCCUGCUGAAAAGCGAGUGCUCGAGAUCAUCACCGAUCUCAUCCCACCUCCGUUCUAUCGCUCCCCUGUGCCGAGCGGUGCCUUUGUGAAUGAUGAAUUGACAUUCCCACAUUUCAUGACGGUGUAUCACGCCUCCCAAAUGGGCUGUGGCAGUGUAAUUAGUGCACCGCCGCGUGUUGUUGAGCUCGAUAACCUGCCCCAUGUCCACUCCAGCACUGGACGAGGACAGGAACCGCCUGGCGUGCUCAGCGAGAACGAGAUACCGGACAGCACUGCCACGCACAUUGGCGCUUUUCCAGUCAUUGAGGAAAUGAUUGAUCACUUCGGACUCUCACACUACGAUGGCACCGAUAAAUCUAUCCCAUCAACCAGCGAGCCAACCUCUGCACUGGCAACAGACCAGAACCAGGAUGUUCCUCUCGCUCAGCCAAGCACCCCGAAGCAGGCCCAACAGCAGCAGCAAGAGGAACAUCAGAUCGUCGAGGUAGUGCAGGGCAUCCCCUUCAAGCCCGUCGAAGUCAAAUCCGUCGACAAGACUCAUCCAAACAUCCAGUCCCCCACAACCUCAACUGACGACGCCAAAACCUCCCUCAACGUGAUCCCACCUGCCUCUUCCCAUUACACAGAUGACUCGGCUGCUCUGAGUCUCUCUACAAACCGGAAUGCCAAAGCCCGCUCGACCGAGAGUUAUCCAGGCAAGUUUCCUGUCAGUGAGGGAUUGGAGUUCAGCUCGUUGGCUACAGCUUCGUGUGCUUUCCGUGAGAGGGGGACUACUUCUGUGAGACCCUUUUCGGAUUACUAA